AGGCAGUGCCGAAAAGUUUCUAACGAUCGACGUGUUUCUGGCGGGCAACGAGCAUUAUUUGAAAAUCAACUCAAAAAGACAGUAGGAUUACCACCACGUUCAAGAUCACUAUAAUGCUUCUCUAGCAAUCCGCCCUUCCCUUCGCCAUCCACCCAGUUUUCCACAGUUUCGAACAUUUUUCAAGAAGUUUUUACUGGACUCGAACAUCCCGGAAAGAUCGCGUUCUCGAACUCGUCCCGAACUCGAACGAAGAUUCUUUUGAUCUAAAAUUCAUUAGAUCCUAUUGACUUCUUAUUGGUAACGAUUCUCUCGUCAAACGUCCUUCAUAAUUAAAGUAUUUAAGAGUAAAGAGAAGAUUAUUAUGGAUGAAAAUAAUUUGAGUUCUGAAUCAAUCUGCAGUGAUGACACAGAGUACUUACUAGGACAAAAUGUUUCCAUUAGAGAGAUAGAUGAGUUUGACUUAAAACCAAGCACCAAGUUUGAAAAAGCUGAAAAGAUUUCUUCUUUAAUGUAUAAUGAAAAUAGACAAUCUCCUAGGAUAAGAAAUGAGAACAGAAAAGGGCAGUAUUUGAUCGAUUCAUUUGAUCAAAGAAAGGAAGAAAAGGGAAGAGCUCCAGCUAGUGAAAAGCUUCAGGAGUCGGAUCUACAUGGUUACCAGGAAAGAGGAAAGGCAAAAUACUCAGCAAAACCUAAUGGGAAAGAACCCUGCAAACAAAAAUAUCCUUCAACUCAAAAAUUUAUUUCUGAUUCAAAAUAUCUUGCUAUAGAAAAGAAAGGUAGUAAUUUGGGGAAGCCAUCUCAAGGAAGGACAAAAGUACAGUCUAUUGCACAACAGGGAAAACCAAAACCAUGUGUAGAAGAAGGAAAAAGAAUCAUUGGAGAUGUAAAACAAAGGGAAGAACACAAAGAUAAAUCUAAAGAUAGAAUUUUUUAUGAUGAUAAAAGAGUUGAUUUGACUAGAGGAGGCCCUAAACUUGUCAUAUCAGAAGCACAACUAGAGCAGAGGAAAGGCUGGAGACAUAAAAAUUCUCCUGUUAACUUUGACAAAUCAUGGAACAGAGAAGUAUAUGAAGAAGAGGAACACUUUGAUUCCCCAGAGCAAGCAGAUGUUGGAAGCAUUGCCUCUGAAGCAACUGAAGAUUUGUUAAGGCAAGAUGAUGAACUGGAUGGCUCUAUUAUUGAAAAACUGAAAGAAUUGAACCUUGCUGUCAGCUUUGAUGCUGAUACUCAAGAACUAGAUGAUGACAAAGUAAAAGAAGGAGCACAGCUCUUAUCAAAGCUGUUUGGGGGCAGUGUAGAUAACUAUUACAGCUCUUCAAGUCUGCAUUCAGGAUCUGCAAGUGGUCAAGAAACUUCAAGAGGCGAAAGCCAAAUAGAUGAAAAAAGAAACAUCAGCAAUGCUAGUAGUAAAGGAAGUGCUACUUCGUCUAUGAACACUGGUAGCUUACAACAGACACCAGAAGAGAUGAAGAAAAACCUCCCACGAAAAACGAAAGUCUCCUUUGCUACAGACGAAAGUACUUCGUUCGAUAAUUCCCCACAUGUGAUCAAGCGACGAUCACCCAUGAAAGCACACGAAGAGAAUUACAGUCCAACAUUAAAGCAAGAAGCGAGGUAUGACGACAAGAGUGCUAGUUAUGAUGGGUUCGUAAGAGAGACUAGUGCUUUGAGAGCAGCAAUGGAUUAUGAUGAUGACGAUGAUGAUGGCGAUGUUACCGAUGAGAGAUAUAAACAGCAAUCACCUUGCAGGUCUUCGGAUUUUUACAGAGAAAAUGAACCAAAUCUGUUCAGUGGAUGUCAAAGAGUGCAGCAGAAACAGCGCCUAGCUGAUGUACACAAAAGAGAAGACCAACCCGGUGGACAAGCUUAUUCAACAGAAAAAGCUCCAAACGGGUACAAAAUUGAGCGAUAUUCUGAAAGUGGUCAGAGAAGACUGAACGAGGUGGAGGGCGAGCCACAAUGGGAUGGAUUUUACACGUCAACUCCGCACAAAAAUGCGCAGAGAGAUGUGUCAUCUGGAAUCAGUAGCAAGGUUGACAGUUCUGAUAUCCAAAAAAAGUUGUACAUGGAAAAGAAGCUACAUGAAACAGAGGAUCAACUAAAUAAAAGUUCCAAGACGUUACUUGAGAUUCAAAAUGAAGUCGAUAAAGCCUUAGUAAGGAAGAAGGUUGCUCUUGAAGAAGUACAAGUACUCGAUGAUAAGUUAAAAAGAACAAGAGCGGAUAUCAAAACCUCAGAAAACCUGGUCGAGCAGUACCGACAACAAGUAACGAAAACCAGGUAUGAAGCGUGGUGUUAUACUAGGCAAUGUUCCUUAAAAAUUGCCUGACUUGUUUUUGCUUGACAACACAAAGUGCUUUGUAGGUGAAUCAACAGGGUAUGAUACAGUAUAGGCAAAGUUUCAUGCAGCUUGUGCCACAUAUUCGACCAAUGGGCUGGACCUUACAGAGGGAGGGAGAAAAUCCAGAAUAUGCCGAAAGAAAUCGGUGUGGGAAACUGAAGGAGGGACAGGUCGCAAAUAAUGGCAGUGGUUUGCUACAGAGAAAAAUUAUUGUCUACGCUAAAUUCAAAAUAUAUAUAAUCUAAUAG